AUAGUUAACCUAUUUGCAGAUUGGGAAAACUUUAAAAUAGCCCUUAAAAACAUAUUUGGAAUAGUUAACGAAGAAAGGCAGGCAGCCGUAAAGAUUCAUAUACUCAAGCAAAUCCACUCUGCUGCUGCCUAUACUAUUAUACUCCGAUGA